UGCCAGCAAGCACCUGGAAAUGAAGGACACGGUGUCUUUGGUUGGCGCUUACUACAGUGGGAAGUCAGUCCUUGUUACAGGAGCCACAGGGUUUAUGGGCAAAGUGCUGAUCGAGAAGUUUCUCCGUUCUUGCCACGAUGUGAAAACCAUCUAUGUGUGUGUGCGGCCCAAAGGUGGGUGUUCCAUGCAAACCCGAGUGGAGAAUCUGCUGAAAUGCAAGGUGUUUGAUAGAGUUCGGGAAGAGUGGCCCAAUUUCCAUGAGAAGAUUAAGCCCAUCAGUGCUGAAUUCACCAAGCCAAACCUGGCCAUCUCUUCUGAAGACAUGGAGGAGUUGCUUUCUGAGGUCAACGUGAUCUUCCAUUGUGCUGCAACAGUUCGAUUUGAUGAGCCUCUGAAGGAUGCCCUUCUCCUGAAUGUCAUGGGCACCCAGCAGCUCCUGGGGCUGGCCCACCAGAUGAAGAACCUCCAAGCCCUCAUCCACGUUUCAACGGCCUUCUCAAACUGUAAUCGGAGACACAUAGAGGAGGUCAUCUAUCCUGUUCCUGUAGAACCAAAGAAGCUCUUGGAACUGGUGGCGUGGAUGGAUGGGUCCCUCAUUGAAGCGAUCACCCCCAAUUUGAUUGGAGACUGGCCUAACACCUACACCUUCUCCAAAGCUCUGACUGAACAUCUGAUCCAGCAGGAGAAAGGAGACUUAAAUGUGGCCAUCGUUCGACCUUCCAUCAUGGGAGCUAGUUGGCAAGAGCCUUUCCCGGGUUGGAUUGAUAACUUCAACAACAUAAGUGGCUCCUUUGUCUCGAUCGGCAAAGGGAUUUUGCAGACUGUAAAAUGCGAUCCAGCUUUCGUAGCUGAUAUUAUCCCAGUAGAUCUCGCUAUCAACUUAACCAUUGCCGCUGGCUGGUACAUUGCAGUGCAUAGACCAGAAUCCCUCCUGAUUUUCAACUGCACCUCGGGUAGCUUCAACCCAUUAUGUUGGGGAGAAAUAGGAAUCCACGUGAAAAAUUCAUUUGAAAAAAACCCACUGGAGAAACCCUUCAGAAUACCAAAUAUAACCAUGACCUCCAGCUAUUUGACCCAUCAAUACUGGACAUUUGUCCAUCACACCAUCCCUGCUUUUCUCUGUGACCUGUAUCUGCAACUGAUUGGAAAGAAGCCAUGGAUGAUGAAGCUAUUUACUCGCUUGGAGAAAGUCAUGAGUCUCCUUGAAUAUUUUAUCAGUCAUUCCUGGGAUUGGAACUCCGAGAAUACAAACAUGUUGAUGAAAGAGCUCAAUCCAAAAGACAAGAAUUUAUUCUCCUUUGACGUUUGUCAAGUGACUUGGUCAGAAUAUAUAAAAAAUUACUGCUUAGGAACUAAGAAAUAUUUGCUGAAUGAAGACAUGGCUGGAAUUCCUGCCGCCCAACAGUAUAUCAGAAAGUAAUCCUUGACUUACAACAGUUCAUUUAGUGACCAUU